UAUUUUAUAAAUGCAUAAAUUGAAUUGACGUCUUACUCAUUGAUAUUUCAACCAUCUAGCCAAGGAAAAAUAUCUUCAUUUUUUAUCUACCACAGAAUAAUAUCCCACAACAAACUGAUAUUGUAGAGAUAAGAAAAAUCUAAAUUUGGUUAAGAUUAUUAUAUUGGAGUCGAUCGAGUUGGGAUAUUUGGACAGUGACAUGUUAUGGUGAGCUAAACACAUGUCGGCUAAAGACAGCGAGUAGAUACUUCUGAAUACUCUCUCUUCCUAACGACGUCAAAAAAGCUCCAACAAACAAAAAAAUGUCACCCAACCUAUAAUAAAAGCUGCAUAUAUAGCAUACGCUCCAUAUAAUGUUAUCAUUAGAAACCGAAUGCAUUAAACAUACCAAGCAAUCCCUUCAGAUUUUCAAACAGCCGCUGGUUAGCUCCGGCCUGGUUGUUCUCCCAAACUCCAAACUCCAAACUCCAAACUCCAAACUCCGUCCGGCGAGUAGAUAUUGAAACUAAGAAAUCAGGAUGGAGUCGCACGUGCAGAGCGGUAAAAAGAGGUCGUGGACGGACGAGAAGCACUUGCAGUUCUUGAACAGCAUGGAGGCAUCGUUUGUGCGCGCCAUGUUUGAGAGGAAGGAUCAUCGCCUUCUUCGUCUCGACCGUUACUUGCCUGACACCUCAGACUCAACCCUAGAUCUCAAAACCCUCAACAAAACCAAAAAAAAAGGCGGCAGAAUGGACGGCGGAGCAGACAAAAGAUUAAGGAGGUUUUCAUCUCAACCGUUCAAUGCAUCACAAGAUCAGGUGGUCCCACAGUUUGAGAUGAGAGCGGUUGGUGAUAAAGACGAGAGAGACCACCUAAAUGUACCUGAUCAGCUAUGACUCAUUGAUAUGAUCCAUUGACAUGAUCCAAUUCUUGUGUAAUGUUAAUUGUAGGGUUUUUCGUUCAUAAUUUAUUUCAGUCGUUGUAGUAAAUGCAGCAGUUGUGACCUUGCGGAAAAUGAUUGUGAUGGUGUAAUUGAUUUUUAGGAGGCAAGAUUGGCAUUGAUUUGUUGCCUAAGAUCGAUCCAUGAUCAAAUCACCAAAGUGACCCUGUGAUGGGUUGCGUUGGGUUGAGUUGGGUACCCUUCAAGGAAGAAAGUAGAAAAAAGACAAUAAGAAAUCGAUCAAUAAAUAGUACUCAAUCUUGAUCCUUCCGGCAGCAAUCUUAUCUUUUUGGAUAGGAUAGAGUUUGUGGCUUAGCUGGGGGUGAAUUUGACUUGGGAGAGAGAGUUUUAUCAUAGAUGUUCUUCUAGGUUGAAGAACACAAGGAGGAGCAUUGCGUGAUUCAAUCCUUUGUGUAUUUAUUGGAAUUAAUCUGUUCAUGAAUAUUUAGUUCUCAAGUUUUGUAUUUCCUUUUGUUCCAUAUAUCAAUGAAUAAAAUCUCUUCACUCAUGUGGGGUAAUA